AUGGCAGAGGCCCACCAAGCAGUGGCCUUCCAGUUCACUGUCACCCCAGAGGGCAUUGAUCUUCAGCUGUCCCAUCAAGCACUCACUGAGAUCUACCGCUCAGGCGUCCGCUCCUGGAAGAAGCGAAUCAUUAGACUCAAGAACAGCGUGAUCACAGGAGUGUAUCCCGCCAGCCCGUCCUCAUGGCUCUUUGUGGUCAUCGCUAUCCUAGCCACUAUGUACACUCGCUCCGAUCCUUCCAUGGGACUCAUUGCCAAGAUACAGGAGCACCUGCCUGUCAGCCAGUCUAUGAGCACCCAAUGUCAGACAGUAGUGUCGGCGGUGCUCUUCAGCACCUUACUGUGGCUCCUGCUCAUCUUUACAAUGCGUCUCUGCCUCAAGCAGCUCCUCUCCUACCACCGCUGGAUCUUCGAGCAGCAUGGCAAGAUGUCCACCACCACUAAAAUCUGGGUGGCACUGGUACGCAUCUUCUCUGGCAGAAAACCUCUGCUCUACAGUUAUCAGGGCUCAUUACCAAACCUGCCUGUUCCAGCUAUCAAGGACACGCUCAAGAGGUAUCUGGAGUCGGUGCGUCCGCUGAUGGAUGACACCCAGUACGAACGGAUGACCAAAUUGGCUGGCGAGUUCGAGAGCCGCCUUGGAAACCGGCUGCAAUGGUACCUCAAGCUCAAAUCUCUCUGGGCCGCCAACUAUGUCAGCGACUGGUGGGAGGAAUAUGUCUAUUUGCGAGGAAGGAGCCCCAUUAUGGUCAACAGUAACUAUUACGGCAUGGACUUAAUGUAUGUGACACCCACACCAAUCCAGGCAGCCAGAGCUGGCAACACCAUCCACGCAAUGUUUCUAUACCGCCGCAAACUUAACAGAGAAGAGCUCAAACCUAGUCGUAUACCCGGCACUGUCAUUCCUCUGUGUGCGGCUCAGUGUGAGAGGAUGUUCAACACUACACGCACUCCUGGAGAGGAGACUGACACCGUGCAGCACUGGCAGGAUAGCGACUAUGUAGUCGUAUACCACAGAGGACGCUACUUUCGGCUCAGGGUGUACCAGGCAGGCAGACUGAUGUCCCCCAGGGAGAUUGAAUUCCAGAUUCAGAGGAUCCUCGAUGACCCUUCAGUCCCCUGCACGGGAGAAGCGAAACUUGCCGCUCUGACUGCUGGCGACAGGAUUCCAUGGGCACAAGCCAGGAGCAAGUACUUCAGCAGUGGGAUCAACAAGCGCUCACUGGACUGCAUCGAAAAAGCUGCGUUCUUUGUGGCUCUCGAUGAUGACGAGCAGGGCAUGAUGGGAGAUGACCCCUCGGGGAGUCUGGACCGUUAUGCUAAGUGCUUGUUGCACGGGAAAUGUUACGACAGGUGGUUUGAUAAGUCUUUUUCUGUGGUCGUCUUUAAAAAUGGUAAGAAUGGAAUAAAUGCGGAGCACUCGUGGGCUGACGCGCCGGUGAUCGCACACCUGUGGGAGUAUGUUGUGGCCACCGACUGUUUCCAGCUCGGUUACAACGGUGAGGGUCACUGCAAAGGCGAAGUGGACCCGUCGCUAGCACAACCUCUGAAGCUUUCUUGGGAAAUAUCACCUGAGUGUGAGAAGCAGAUUUCUCAGUCCCUGUCAGUGGCCCAAACCCUAGCCGAUGACAUCGACUUCCAUGUGGUGUCCUUCAGAGACUUUGGCAAGGGAAAGAUCAAGAAGUGUCGAGUCAGUCCGGAUGCUUUCAUCCAAAUAGCUCUUCAGUUAGCCUAUUUUAGGAGUCGGAGAAUGUUUUGCCUGACCUACGAGGCUUCCAUGACCCGUCUGUUCAGGGAGGGCAGGACCGAGACUGUUCGCUCCUGCACCAAUGAGAGCAGUGCCUUUGUUAAAGCGCUUGUGGGCGGAGAGUCAGCAGAUGUAUGCAGGCGCCUGUUCCGCACAGCAUCUGAAAAGCACCAGAACCUUUACCGCAUGGCGAUGACCGGCGCCGGUAUCGACAGACACCUCUUCUGCCUCUAUGUGGUUUCCCAGUACCUCAAAGUGGAGUCGCCUUUCUUGAAAGAGGUCUUGUCAGAGCCGUGGAGGCUGUCCACCAGUCAGACUUCUCUUCAGCAGCCGGAGCUGUUCGACCUUGUCAACCACCCUGAGUACAUUUCUUGCGGGGGAGGCUUCGGGCCGGUCGCCGAUGACGGUUAUGGAGUGUCGUACUACAUUUUGGGUGACAGCAUGAUCAACUUUCACAUCUCCUGCAAGCACUCCUGUCCUGACACGGACGCCCAUAAGUUUGGUGCUAACAUCACGAAAGCCUUGCACGACCUGCUGGAGCUGAUGAGCCCCGUCCAGAAAGAACCAAGCAAAACCGAGGAGAGUCGACCUGAGGUCAAGAAAAACUUGUAG